GGUGUUGCCUAGUUGUCAGAAGCAUGUUGGCUGUGGAGAAGUCCUGCGAGUUGAGUCACAGACAGACAGCACCUCCACACCCUGUGGCAGCUCAGUGACACCGGACUUCUGCUGUGUGCGACUGCUCACUAUGUGACUCACUGUAAGCCAGCCAAACAAGCUGACAUGGCACUUAUGAAUCCCCAAGUAAAGCCUCAGGCAGAGAAGCUGCAGGAUGUUGCCAGUUAAAUCUAGAGGCUAGUUAAAAAUAACAGAUUUCUCUGCGAGGGGAACGGAGCAGCAGCCACUCAGGGACAUGGCGCUGUCAGAGGACAGGGUGAGUUCCUGGAGCUGUAAGCAGGUGGCCCAGUGGCUGCAGGAAGAAGGUUUCGGGGAGUAUGUGGAGUUAUUGUGCACCCAGCACCGCCUGGACGGCCUCAGCCUGCUGGCUCUGACUGAGGCCGACCUGCGUGGGCCUCCGCUGGGCCUCACUGUGCUGGGAGACAUCAAGAGGCUAACCAUUUCCCUCCGCCGGCUCCAGAGACAGAACCAGGCCCAGCUGGAGGAGCUGGGUCUCCGGCCUACAGACAGUCUCCAUGCUGGGCUCUCACUGGGCAAUGAGUGGAGCUGCGAUGGAGCUGAUAGGCGAUAUAACGGAGGAGAGCGCGCUUGUAACGGGACUGAGCUGCGGUUGAGGAACGGUGAUAGAUCUGGGUACAGCUCAGGUGGGACGCUGUGUCAUACACACUCUAACGGGAGGUGCAGGCAGCACCUGGCUGGCAGAUUGGACCCAGAGGUGUGGAAGACGGUCAUCAGCUCCUUUUAUGUCUUUUUUGUGUUUGGAUUCACGUCUUUUGUCAUGGUCAUCGUACACGAGCGAGUCCCGGACACGAGGACAUACCCACCGCUGCCUGACAUAUUUCUGGACAGUGUUCCCAGAAUCCCUUGGGCUUUUGCCAUGGCUGAAGCCUGUGGUGUCAUCCUGUGUUACAUGUUUCUGUUGAUCCUGCUCCUUCACAAACACAGGUCCAUUCUCUUCAGGCGGCUGUGUUCUUUAAUGGGAACUGUGUUUCUGCUUCGGUGUUGCACCAUGUUCGUCACCUCGCUCUCUGUGCCUGGCCAGCACCUAAAGUGUGCCAGUAAGACCUACGGUGAUACUUUUGGAAAGAUACAGAGGGCGCUGGCGAUCUGGAGUGGAUUUGGGAUGACUCUGACAGGUGUCCAAACGUGUGGAGACUACAUGUUCAGUGGACACACUGUGGUCAUCACCAUGCUCAACUUUUUCGUGACUGAAUACACUCCGCGAACCUGGAAUCUAAUCCACACCAUCUCCUGGGUCUUAAACCUGUUUGGGAUUUUCUUCAUUCUGGCGGCUCACGAGCACUACUCCAUCGAUGUGUUCAUCGCCUUUUACAUCACCACCCGCCUCUUCCUCUACUACCACACCUUAGCCAACACCCGCGCCUACCAGCACAGCCGGAGGGCACGCAUUUGGUUCCCCAUGUUCUCCUUCUUUGAGUGCAAUGUCAACGGACCUGUCCCCAACCAGUACCACUGGCCCUUCAACAAACCUGCCUUCAUGAAAACUCUGAUUGGAUAGAGGAUCCCCUCAAAGAUCAGCAGCUGCGUUGUGCACAGACUGAAAUAUUAAAGCCUGAUGGAUACAUUUUUUAUUUGAAAUGCUGUUUCUCAUCUUUGGGUGGUAAAUGUAUUACAUGGGAGAUUUACCCCUCAUUUUUAUGAUUGGAUUGUCUUUAUUUUUACACCUGAUCUUGUGUUUUUAAGGAAUAGUUUUGACAUUUUUGGGAAAUGUGGGGAAAAGCAAAUGAGAAGAUUGAUACUUACACUGUCUUUUCUGUCAAUUUAAAUAUGAUGCUAACGCCAGGAGCUGGUUAGCUUAGUGUAGCUUAGCUUGGAGACCAGAAAAAGGGGGAAACAGCUGGCAUGUUUUAAGGUUUGAAGAAAAUCUACUUACUGUAAUAGUUCCUCUAAAGCUCAGUAGUAAACAUUUGUUUAUUCUGUACUAAAACUAGAGUGUACAAAUGACAACAGGACUGUAGGUGGUCUGCUCCCAAGAAAUAGUUGGGCACACAACUUUCCGUGACCCCUCACACGGUAUUCGUAAAAAUGUAAUUUGCACAGAUUAGUGAGGUACAAGCAGAGGGUGACAUCGAUCUACUCAUCUAACUCUUAAAAGAAAGGAAAUAAGUUUAUUUUGUUGAAUAUAUAUAUAUAUAUUUGAAAUUGUAUUUCAUGGUGCCAAAGACAUGUUGUUGGGGGGGGCUGAUGUAUUUUUGCCUUUUCAGUUAUCACUAUUUUCAUUCUUGUUCCUUUUCAGGGAUGUUUAUGGCUCACUUAGGGUUUGGAUUGACAGCAUUUAAUGCGGGUGUCUCUUCUUGAGAGUGGUUCUGGUGACGGUUCACAAGUCGUCGUGCUGCGGAGAGCUCUGACACCUGCUUGGUAACUACUACCAAAGGAGCAACCGUUUGUUUUGAUGUGCAACACUUCCUGUUCUCUACUCUCUGCUCACUUUUUUUUUUUUUUUUUUUUUUUUUUUAAUUUCCUUCCCAUUUACAGUUUAUAAAAACAACACUGCUGCUUUGUUGUACUUGGUAGCGUCACCACUGGGAUUGUUAAGCUUCCUACGUUCAAAGUCAAACUCAACCAAAUAUUUGAACAUUUAUUGUGAUGUUCAAUUCUACUUUCAAUAUGUCUUUAUCCUAAUUUGAUACUGUGUUAUGUAUUUUUUUUUAAUGAUGUUAAUUAUUAUGUGGAGCUCGAUUUUUAAAGCCUCUGUUGCACAGUACAAAUAAUGACUUUUGCUGAUUACAGCUGUUGAAAAACAGCUGGAUAACAAAGUCUCAACAUUGUUUACCAUGUAAUUGUUGAUCCACACAUUAUCUGUUUAAUAAUUGUUUACAAUUUGUUGCUUUAUUUGCAAUGCAAGUAAUCCAUCUCUGCCUUUUCUCAGCAGUAAAAGUUUACAGGAAAGAAAACAGUUUUUAUAUUUCUGAUGACUGUUUCCUCAGCUGCUUUUUCACUAAUGUGUUCCUUUUUGCAUAUGUUGAAUAAAGCGGAUUAUAAAUACA